AUGGAAGUUAAAAAACCCUAUCCUAAGAGUGUUUUGAAAAACAUGUCCUUGACAAUGGAAGAUAGAGCAGAAAAGCUUCACAAUCUUUUUAGCAAAGAACAUUUAAAUCAGAUUAAAUCCAUAUUUUCUAUGUUUGUGCUGAGUGAAAUGCAAAUCAAAGCUAUUUCUGCCAUAUGUGAACAGAAUAUGCAAUAUGGUAGCAGCAGAGAUGUUGAAAUUCGCAAGAAAACAACUCUAUUAAUGGAGAAUACCUUUAUACGCAGAAAUCUCAGUGGAAAUGAAAAUGGAAUCUAUCUUGGAUUGGAUCUUGGUGGAACCAAUUUCAGAGUGGUUAGGAUGAAAUUUGUAGAAGGAACUGCAAACACAGUGCUCAAAUAUUACAAAAUUCCUGAUGAAUGUUUCACAGGUCCUUGUCAUUUGGUGUUUGAGUACAUGGCUGAUUGCAUUGAAGAUUUCUUAAAAUAUGACAAUCUUGAAAAUGAGAAAAAUAUUCCUCUAGGUUUUACCUUUUCUUUUCCUUCGGAAAAAAAAAAUUUAACUCAUAACCUUCCUGUAAAGUUGGUAGCUAUCAUAAGCGAUACAACAGCUGCUCUAAUCACUGGAAACUUUUUGGAUAAAAAGUGUACAAUUGGCCUGAUUUUAGGAACUGGAAGUAAUGUCUGCUAUAUUGAAAAUGUAGAUUCUAUUGAAAAAUGGGAAGAUGAUAAUGACUGCUCAAAACAAGUAAUGAUCAAUGUUGAGUGGGGUGGCCUUUCUGAUACUGGAUGCUUGGACUUUUUACGAAACAAAUACGACUACAAUGUAGAUAAACUUUCAAACCAUAUAAAUUCAUUCACAUUUGAAAAAUUAUUUUCUGGUUUGUACUUGGGCGAAGUAGUUCGACAAAUAUUGACUGACAUGACCAAACUGGGAAUCUUAUUCAAUAAAAAUGGAUCUCAAAAGUUGUUUACACCUUGGAGAUUUCAGACAAUGUAUGUUGCAGACAUUGAAAGUGAUACAGAUGAGGACUUUACAAAUACAUCAAAUAUUUUGAAAGAACUUGAUUUGUUGCAACUUUCUCAAAAAGCAGAUCUUAUGUUGGUAAAAGAAGUUUGUGCAUUAGUUUCUCAGAGAGGAGCCUACAUUGUAGCUGCAGCAUUAUCUGCACUUGUUGAUCGAACAAAGAGAGAGGUAGUGACCAUUGCAGUUGAUGGUUCUCUUUAUGAAAAUCACCCCAAAUACCAUAGCUACAUGAUGGAUGUUAUACAUGCUUUGUCUCCACAGACCAAGACAAAUAUUAUCCUUGCAAAAGAUUCCAGUGGCCAGGGAAGUGCAAUUGCUGCUGCUUUGGUGACCCAGAAAUCUUAA